CAUCACUUCUCUACAUUACUUAACUCUUCCUCUUCACUCUUCUUACUUUACCACGCUCUUCACUUCCACUUCAUCCUCAGUACUCUGCAACGUAAACGGCGCCGCCUGCAAUCGAAGCAAUCGGCUUGGAUCAACAACACUACAGGGAGAGUCCAACAACGCCCUGUCAUUCUUUGGGCACCCGGCUCCUACUCUCUUCUUGGCUAUCAGUGCUAGCGCCAACGCGUCCAAGGGUGACGGUCAUCGUUGGCAAUGUCUGCAAGAGCGCGAUCCUCGUCGCCGAGCCGCGCCGUUAACGACGCCUCCCCCCUUGUAUGGGACAGCUCGCAGCGCUCGACGCCGCUACAGGCGGGACACCUGAUUGAUCAAUUGCGUAGCAGAUCGAGCAGCGUGUCUUCCCCCGCGUCACCGCGCAGCCUGAGUGACGCAGAACUGCCGUACUUUGACUCUCGCGACCCAAGCACAGCCAGCUGGCUGCGAAGCAAUCGCGAUGAUGGGCGUCCUCAAGCACACUCAAGGACCGAUCCUGCCGAGUCUCUUCCGAUGGAGCUCCUCAUUUUGAUCCUGCGCUACCUCCCCUCGUCACAUGACCUCCUCUCCGCCAUGCUCGUCUCCCAGUCAUGGUGCUUAGCUGCCUACCCUCUUAUCUGGCAGCGACCUGCCCUCUCAACGGUCUCGCAGUUUGCGGGGUUUGUUCGUGCCCUCGGUACUCCCAGACCCCUCCUUCCCUAUCCAACGACCGUGAGGCGCCUCCUCUGCAACUCGUUCGCUCGCCAUCUAACGAACGACUUGUUCGGCGAGAUCACCGCUUGCCGAUAUUUAGAGCGGCUGACCAUACCAGGCGCCACGCGUCUGUCUGUAACCACACUGCUGGAGGUUCUUGGCCAGCUGCCAGAGCUGGUAUCGAUCGACGUAAGCGGCAUGGACGCGGUGAACGACAAGGUCGUCAAGAAGAUCGCCUCCAGCUGUCGGAAGCUGCAAGGGCUGAAUUUGUCCAGAUGCAAGCGGAUAGGCGACGAAGGCAUUCUGGCAGUGGCACAACAACUGCCCCAUCUGAGGAGAAUCAAGCUCAGUGGGUGUCAUCGCCUGACGGAUCGGGCCGUGGUCGCUCUGUCCCGCCACUGUCCUCUCCUCUUGGAACUCGACUUGGCUGGAGUUCCCCAGCUGACCAACGAUACGACAAUCAGCAUUUUCCUCAACGCUAAGGCUUUGCGAGAACUCAAGAUGAACGACAACAAAACUGUCAGCUUGGGCGCUAUCCCAGACUUAGAAACCCUUUCCCGAAUGGACGACUCAACCAUCUUCGACAAUGUUGGCGCCUAUCCAUGGUAUCUCGUUGACGUACCGUCGCCAAAGGCUAGCUCCAGGAUGGCUUCUCGCCCACCGGCAAUGAGCCCAGCGCUUGUUCGCCCUGUCACCAUUUCGUUCGAUCAACUCCGCAUUGUGGACUUCACGAGCUGCACAGGCUUGACAGAUCAAGACGUUGAUCAUCUUGUUCAGAAUGCGCCCAUGCUCCGCAACCUCACAUUGACGAAGUGUACGGCCUUGACCGACUUCGCUGUGGAGAGCAUCUCAAGGCUCGGCAAGUGUCUCCACUAUCUUCACUUGGGCCACGUCGGGAAUAUUACGGACGAUGCAAUCUUAAGACUGGCCAAGACAUGCACUCGCCUACGCUAUGUGGACGUGGCCAACUGUGCCCUUCUGACCGACUCGAGUGUCAUCGCCUUGGCAUCAAGCCUCCCAAAGCUGCGUAGGAUCGGCCUGGUCAAGGUAACAAACGUCACAGACAACGGCAUUCUACCCCUCGGCGCACGUUACAACACCCUGGAGCGAAUUCAUCUCUCCUACUGCGACAAGAUCACUGUCGCCGCCAUCACCGAGUUACUUAAUAAGCUACCUCUUCUCACACACCUGAGCUUGACCGGAAUUAAUUGCUUCAAGGUGCCCGAGUUGCAGCAAUUCUGCCGCCCUGCUCCAGAAGACUUUUCUAUUCAUCAGCGCGCCUCAUUCUGCGUCUUCUCAGGUCCCGGCGUUGUGGCUUUGCGCAACUAUCUCAACGCCCAAGCGACAGGUUGCGAGGGCUCGGACCACGCCCGCGGGGGCUCAAUCCCGUCGUCACCGUCUGCCGUGCUUCCUGGCCCACCCGUGUCUUCCACGGCUGCACACCGCCGAAGGCUCGUCAAGGGAUGCGUCGCAAACGCGGCUCCCAUCCUACUCCGCAACGAGACGUAA